GCAGAGUAGAAUAAAAGCUUGAGACUUCUCUCUCAAAAGACUAAGUGUAGUCUUGGUGCUUCGGCACAGAGCGUUUGAGAUAAUACUCUGGAGACGCUCAUAUCUGCUACCACAUAUCCAUAAAAAACUAUACACCAACCAUUAACACCACAAAGAAUUCUCCAAACACCAUUUUCAACUAUCAUAAGCAAUCAGCCUCCCUCGCACCACACCAUCAUUGGGGACGUUCAGUAGCAAGAAGUUGCAUCAAUCAACCUAAGCAACGAUCAGGUAUGUCGGAUAACCCUAGUAGCAGUAACAGUUACUUUGAUUAUUUAAGUAAAAAUGAGGAAGAAAAUUAUUUUCUAGAUGGAAUAUUAGAUGUCAAGAAAAAUAAUGAACAAACUAAUUUUACCUUAUCAGAAACGCAAAAUUUUAUUACUAAGUCUUUUUUAUCCAAACUAUUUGAUAGAAAAAAUAUAAUUAAAUAUGGAAAAAUGAUAGGAGAAACGGCAGUACCAAUAGAACAAACUAAGGGAGAUUUCCUAAUUCAAAUAAUAAAUAGGGAACAAAUUAGGAAAAAAUUAUCCAAGUUACAACAGGAAGAAAGAAAUAAAAUAGCUUAUAUUCACAUUAGCACGAUACAAAUCAUUCUAAAAUCUACUAUGAAAACAUGGAUAAGUGCACCUAUAGAACUAGAAAUAAGAGAUGAUCGACUCAUCAAUAGAGAAGAGAGUAUUAUUGCAAAAGGAAAAGGAAAUCUAGGAGUAGGAAUAAUCAAAUUCGAUAUUAAUCUACAACAAGGAAUUAGUUUAACAGAUGGGAAUCUCGACUCUUCCAUUAUUAUAAAGUAUGAAUUGAAAAGAAAAAAUUUCAUGAAAGAAAACAGUAAACCUUUUUCGGUAACAUACCAAAUAAACUAUGCACUGACCAAUAGUCAUCAUAGUCUAGCGUUUAAAGAUAAGGAAGCCAUCACCAUAGAAGAUUUAUUCAAACCAUUAAUUCAAUUAGAAUCCCCUCUAAAAAUAAUAAAAUCAAAUUAUGAUCAUCCAAGAAUAAGUAUAGAUGAGAGAAGUUCUUCCAUGAGAUUAACCGAUAAGCAGAAGGAAAUGGAGAAAGAAGAAAACAAGGAAAUAAAAAACAUAACUAUACUUCAUCAAAAUGAUAAUACUAGUGAAAUAAAAAAGUUACAAGAACUAAUCGUAGAAAUGAGUGAAAAUUUGUAAAGAUGCCUAACACUCAUUACAUAAAUAAAUUGAUAGAAGGAAUAGAUGCAAUAGACCUUACAUCAGUAGGCGACAUUAAUACGGUUACGUUAGAAUUAUCUCACUUCGUAUCAGAUAUUGUAGAAGAACAAAUGUCUAUCGGAAAUUCAGAAACAUUAGAGGAAGCCGUAUCUAAAACUGAAUUAAUUACCGAUAUAAUAACUAGUCUAAACAAAAUAAAGCAGAAACUAGAAAAUAGAUAAACCAAAAACAACAAAAUGAAAAUUAACCACCUUUAUUUGGGCCAUUCCAUGAAAGAAAAAGAAAGAAUGAGACUUGUUGCAGAAAACAAGGAAAAGAAAGAAUGAUUAGACUCUUUAGUAAGCUUUUUAAAAAUAAAGAGACGAUUUAGACUUCUCAAAAAACAAGAUAUGAAACACAGAAACUUAGGAAUUUGGAACCGUAGAAUUAUUGGUAUCAAAACUAAAAUGGGAAAAGACCAAAAAGUGCAACCCGCUUCAACCCGACGGGUUCACUUUGACACGUAUAGAUGGAAGCACCCUUACCAACUUGCCAUCAAUGUCCAUUGUGAACAAUGGGCCGGAAGUUAGAUAAGACGAGGCAUGACCAAAUUCCUGCACUGAUGGGUUGAUGACCAAUCGCUAGGCCCGGAAAGGAAAAGAAAAAGUCAAGCCCUGAAAGCCCCUCCAGUCUGCAAGAAAGUUGGUGGCAUAAUCUUUGGCUUCUGCACCAGGUUUGCCAGUUUAAUCAAUGAUAAUCAGAUCAAAAGUAAAAAUACCCCCAUCAGAAAACAGAAAGAAAACUUCUUGAUGCCAUCUCCAUUAUUAUCACAGGCGGCUUCAUAAAACCUCGGUGGCAGCAGCGCCAGAAAAUAGAUGGAGGAUGAUAUUACCAAGGGCGGCGGUCCCACUUCAACUCUGUAUCCAUUACACCGCACUAAAAUUCUUCAUCUGGUGAGACAUGCGCAAGGGAUCCACAACGUGGAGGGCGAGAAAGACCCGUCUGCCUAUUUCUCUCCCGACCUCUUAGAUGGUCAUCUCACCCAACUGGGAUGGCGCCAGGUGACCCAUCUCAGAACCCACAUUCGCCAAUCUGGCCUUUAUUCCAGAAUCCAACUGGUCGUCACUUCUAGUUUGUUGAGGGCUAUGCAAACUGCAGUUGGGGUGUUUGGAGGUGAAGAGUAUGUGGAUGGAGAUGAGAAGGGUUGUUAUCAACACCUUCCAUUGAUGGUUGCCAAUGCUGGCAAUAGUGCUUCCCCUGCAAUUUCAAGCUUCGACUGCCCUCCAUUUCUGGCAACUGAGCUCUGCAGGGAACAUUUGAGCCUUCAUCCAUGUGACUGGAGAAGAAGCAUCACGGAAUCCCGCCCUCUUUUCCCUGCUGUUGAUUUUUCUCUGAUCGAAAGUGAUGAAGACACAUUGCCUAAACCCGGGCAGAGGGAAACAUUUGAAGAAGUUGCUGCCAGAGCAAUACAAUUCUUGAACUGGAUUUGGACCAGAAAAGAGAAGGAGAUUGCGGUUGUCAGCCAUGGUGGGUUCUUGCAGGACAUGUUGAGCCUGUUUGGAAAUGACUGCCAUCCAACUGUGAAGAGUGAAAUUGGCAUCAGAUUUGCCAAUUGUCAGCUUCAUUCAAUAGUUCUGGUGGACAAAGGCAUCAUUGGUUCAGAUCCUGUUAAAUUUCCUGAUAGAGACAGCAGCAAUGGCAAGAAAGAAGAGCAGCACCAUUAAUAAACCCUACUGACUGCUAGCUCAGAUUCUGGGAGAAUGUUCUGUUUGAAAAGUUGCAGUGAUACAAUUAACUUUGAACUUCAUU